UACGUGCCUUAAGAAAUAAGCUAUUUAAGGAACAAGAAUGAAAAGGAAAAAUACCAUGAAGGUUCAUCGAUUAACCGUGUUGCAAAAAAAUCUCACUGCCCAUUCCUCGUACAGAAGUUUUAUCAUUUUACAAAUUAUUCUUCCGAGCUGGUGUUUUGUUGAAAGACAGAAACUUCCUUGUCCUUCGUCUCAUUGAUUGUUUUGGACGUGUAUAUUUUUCCCCUCUCCGGAUAAUAUUAUCGCUUUCUUUUUUUUUCCUUCGGUCGACUCUUGACCUCAAUUAGCCUUCCGUCGUUUCGCGAAGCGUGAAAGUGGUGUUUUGGGGUUUGUUUUUGUUUUUCCUUCGCUCAAAUUUUAAAUUGCGAAAAUGUGUGACGAAGACGUUGCUGCACUCGUGGUUGAUAAUGGGUCCGGAAUGUGCAAAGCCGGAUUUGCUGGGGAUGAUGCCCCCAGGGCUGUGUUUCCGUCUAUUGUUGGGCGUCCUCGUCAUCAGGGUGUAAUGGUUGGGAUGGGCCAGAAGGAUAGUUACGUGGGUGAUGAGGCACAAUCUAAACGAGGUAUCUUGACACUCAAGUACCCGAUUGAGCACGGGAUCGUCACCAACUGGGACGACAUGGAGAAAAUCUGGCAUCACACGUUUUACAAUGAAUUGCGCGUGGCCCCGGAAGAGCACCCAGUCCUACUGACUGAGGCUCCUUUGAAUCCAAAGGCCAAUAGGGAGAAGAUGACUCAGAUCAUGUUUGAAACCUUCAAUACACCCGCGAUGUAUGUUGCGAUUCAAGCUGUUCUGUCUUUGUAUGCGUCUGGAAGAACUACUGGCAUUGUGCUUGAUUCUGGCGACGGUGUGUCUCACACUGUGCCAAUUUAUGAAGGCUAUGCUCUUCCGCAUGCCAUUUUGCGCUUGGAUUUGGCCGGCCGUGAUUUGACUGACUACCUCAUGAAAGUCUUGACUGAGCGUGGCUACUCCUUCACCACGACUGCUGAACGUGAAAUUGUGCGCGACAUCAAGGAGAAGUUGUGCUACGUGGCACUCGACUUUGAGCAGGAAAUGGCAACAGCAGCGUCAUCUAGCUCUCUGGAGAAAAGCUACGAGUUACCGGAUGGCCAAGUCAUCACCAUCGGCAAUGAACGUUUCCGUUGCCCCGAAGCCCUGUUUCAACCAUCCUUUCUCGGAAUGGAGUCGUGCGGGAUUCACGAAACGACGUACAACUCCAUCAUGAAAUGCGACGUGGAUAUCCGUAAAGACCUGUAUGCCAACACUGUUUUGUCUGGCGGCACUACGAUGUAUCCUGGCAUCGCUGACCGGAUGCAGAAGGAAAUCACUUCCUUGGCGCCGUCUACGAUGAAGAUUAAGAUCAUUGCGCCGCCGGAAAGGAAAUACUCUGUUUGGAUCGGCGGUUCUAUUCUGGCGUCUUUGUCCACGUUUCAGCAAAUGUGGAUUUCCAAGCAGGAAUACGACGAGUCUGGGCCAUCGAUUGUGCAUCGCAAAUGCUUUUAAGGAAAGGAAACAAAAAGGGGGGGAGGGGAAAGAAACAAGCGUCGUGUUUGUGUAACGGAAACAAAAAUCUUUGUAGGGGUGG